AUGGAUGAACGCAAUAGGAAUCCAUUUGCAAGUGCAAGUGGAGGAGGGGGGCACAGUACAAGUGCGAGCUCCAACUCCAGUUUUAGUAGCGGCGUGGCGGAUACAGAGGAUGAUCAGACCAUUGCACGUAUAUUAGCUGAAGAUGAGAGCUCAGGAAGAGAGGGCAUGCUUGGGAAGAGACUCUCUCAUUUAGAUUCUAUACCACACACUCCUCGUGUUAACAAUCAAAUACCCGAUUUAAAUGAUGCAACAUUAGACCAUGAGCUGCUCUCUGUGAGGUUGGCCACAUAUGGUUUAGCUGAACUACAGAUGGAUGGAAAUUGCCAGUUCCGAGCUCUAGCAGACCAGCUUUUCCGUAAUCCAGAUUACCAUAAGCAUGUUAGGAAGCAUAUUGUAAAGCAGUUGAAAAAGCAACGAAAGUUAUACGAAGGAUAUGUGCCGAUGAAAUACAGACACUACACCAGGAAGAUGAAAAAACCGGGUGAAUGGGGAGAUCAUGUUACUCUUCAGACUGCUGCAGAUCGUUUUAAAGCGAAGAUAUGCUUAGUCACAUCAUUCCGGGAACAAUCCUACAUUGAGAUACUUCCCCAUAACAAGAAUCCUCUUAGAGAGGCUUGGCUUAGCUUCUGGAGCGAAGUGCAUUACAAUUCGCUAUACUCUAGUGGAGAUGUUCCCACAAGACAAUACAGGAAGAAGCAUUGGCUCUUCUAGGAUUGGAUUCAUAUGUAUGUAUAGUAUACUCAGAUUGUGUGUCAACUUUGUAAUAACCUCACUCUGUUACAUUGGUUUCAUGAUUGUUUCCAUCUCAACACUUGCAUCGUAAAAGAACCGAGUAAACGUAGAUAUGUUAUUUAUAUAAUCAUCUGAUUUUUUUUUUUUGACAGAUUCUUUUUUAAAAAGUUUACUUGGAAUAUUCUGGAUCAUAACGAAAAAUACAACUAAGUAACAGCAAAUAGUGUUAAUAGUUUAAAGAAGUGGACCAUAAUGAGAUCAAUUUGAACGGCCGGGAUAAAAUACAUUCACAUGGACCAAUCGAUAACGUGUCGUAUAGUUUUAUAUUUUGUUGAAAUGUUUUUAUAUUUGGGUUGAGUUUCAAACAAGUAACGCAGUGGCCCUUAAAUCACAAGGAGUAAAAGAAUCAGUGGGAUCUGGAGAGAAAGCAUCAUUUGCUUUGACUCAUAGAACUAGAAGCAUCAUUAACCAAAGUAAUGAGUGCUCACCAUAUUAGUCCUCGUCGUCUAGUUGGUUCCAGAUAACUUUUCUAGUCUGCUAACUAUUU